UUGAUAUACCUGCAACGGGAAUCAGGAAACAGGAAUCGAAAAAGUCCACCCACUUUCUCACCCACGGAUGUGUCUGUACUUGGGAGUCGUGGAACACCUGCUGGAUGUGGUGGCCUACUGCAUGUGCCGGGUCCUGGAGCUGUCCCUGUUCACCUGCAUGAUGGUCUGCGGAUCCCUGAGGGCCAAGCUGACCCACGGGCCCACCAACGAGCUAGAGCAAUGACCAGUGCACUAUGAGAGCUGCUAAAAGGAU